AUGAAGCUCCUGAUCCUGGUCUUGGCAGCCCUCGGAUUCCUGGUGACUCCAGCCAGUGGGGGCGGAACAAGAUGUGGGCGUAAGGUCCCCGGACACUGCAGGCUACAAUGUCAUUCCUCUGAAAGAGCUAUGUUCAUGUGUGACCGUUACAAACUAUGUUGUGUCGUGAGCAGCUUGGUGCCAGAGCCCAUUAAGCCACCACCUGCCCGUAGGCCACUAUGCAGACAAACCACAAAAAGCAAACAGCAGCAGACGGGAAUGAGAAUAA